CCAGUUAUCACUGUCAGUAGUGAAACAACCGUCGCGGUGCACACUUCAUCUCUCCUCAAAGGUUUUCGUGUGCGACUUGAGUUUUGACUAGUGUCGAUUUUUUUUUUCGUUUUCACUGUUUCUUUCGUACUUUUUUUUUGUUUUAUUGUUGUUGUUCUAUUUCGGUUCGGAUUUUUUUUCGUUCAUUUUAUAAUCAAUCGGUGAUAAUUUUCUCAACACACAAAUCGUUCGUACGAGUGUGUUUCGUGUGAUAAGAUACGCGCUUUUGUGGGACAAGAAGACAUUUUCAGUGAAACGUACCGGGCGGCGGCAGCAUUUCGGCCAAACAUUUCAUCUGGCAACCCCAGUUUUAUGGGAGACUCUCGAGAGCUCGGUCGUCUGUCAUUCUGACCUUGUUUGUUUUGAGCUUGCCAGCGCGGUAUCAUCUCUUGCUCUAUCCACCCCAGCCUGCUGUGUGAGGAGGCUCAGUGUAUGAAUGUGUAUGGUUUUGAUUAAGGGGCUGCCACUGCUGGGAAAAACAAGAAAAGAGAGAGGAGCACUGUGGUGAGAGAAAGAGAACAGUGCCGCCAGUGGUGGAUUGUGUAUGUUGGCGAGCAGUUUUUGGAGUAAAUCGGAGCGAAUCUGACACUUUGGGAGGAAAAACGCUCCCAGCGAAAAAGGAAAAGCGCAAGGAUCGAGAGUUUAGUGCAUAGGAAGAGAACACAAGAAGCGAAAACGGAAAUUUCGCUGCACAGAAACGGAGCUCAAGUGUUAUUUAGUGUUUAUAUAGUUUAAUUCCGCAAAACCCUAGUGAGACAAUAGAUUUCGUUGGAUCCGGGAACCCAUCCAACGCUAUCCAAGAUGAAUAAGCUGGACUACGAUGUAGAUUGCUUAGAAAUAAGUGACGACCUGAUAAGCAUGGCCGAGGACAAUACGCUAGGUGACUUUUCACAUAUCGACGAUGAACUGCAGUUUGUAAAAAAUGACGGAAUGCUAGCACUCAGAUUAAUCCAAGUGGCAGAUAGUUUAGACUCACCAAACUUUAUCACAGGAUCACCAGCUAAUUCCUAUCCAACGCUAACCAACUCCAGCAACGAUCCUAAUCAAUGCUCAUUCUUUGUGAUCAAGAAAAACAAUGACAAUGCCAAGCAGGACCGCCGACCCUCCGUCAACAUCAGCAGAACUGGUCCCCGGCCUGCGGACUGCCCCAGUGACUCGAACCUCAACAGAAAGGGAAAAACUCAUCACCAAACUGACGACAAACGAGGAGUGAAAGAGCAACGAGAUGACCGACGACGAGCCAACCACAACGAAAUCGAGCGACGACGGCGGGACAAGAUCAACAACUGGAUCCACGAGCUGAACAAGAUCAUCCCGGCGGAGCAUAUGAACAGCCCGCCGUCGGACUCGCAGCAAAACAAGCAGAACGGUGGCACCGGCGACAACCUCUCCAAGGGUGGCAUCCUGGCCAAGGCCUGCGAGUACAUCACCCGGUUGAAGGACACCAGCGACAAACUCACCGAGUGCCUUGCCGAGAAGGACCAGAUCCUGCUGGAGAAUCUGCAGCUCAAGGAGAGCAUAAACCAGCUGCUGACGGAGAACAAGCGGUUACAGUCGGAGCUGCAGUUUGCGCUCGCCACCAACGUCAAGAUCGAGUCGUAGCCAUCGUCAAACAGUCAUUACCAUGUUAUCAUAGUUUAAAUUACACACACGCAACUGUAUAUUAGGUAUUAGGGAGGUGUGAGCGGAACGAGUGAGAAAGAAAGUGAGUAACUUAGAAAAAAAACACAUUAGCGAAUGUUGUGCGCGCGAAUCAAACUCAAUCCACCGCGCGCCAGAAACGGAAUCAGUAAGUUGUAAGUAUUCAUCAUCCGAGUUGAUUAUUCGAUCAAUUUACCAUAAAGCGUUAUUUGUUAAACUAUUAUUGCACGGAUCGAACCAGACAUAUACAUACAUACAUACAUACGAACGAAACUGUUGUGAGCCGCAAGAACGGAGGAACGGAAAAGCCAAACAUAUGAAGAAGAAGAAGAAGAAGUGUCACACACUCAAUCACACAAAAAAUCGAAUUCAAACGUCUAGACGUACAUUGUUGAGCCCCUAUAUUGGAGGAAUUAAGUGUAAACCUACCCACAGAAUACUCUAUCCAAAAAAAAACCAUAGUCAGAAUACACAAAACACAAUACACCACCACGAUUUGGCCAAAUUUGCCCAACAUUGUCAUGUAUUUGAUGAGGCGCGCUUCUUUAUUCGUCGACGUCCCCUUCCUUCUCGGUUCUUGUAGAACAGCUCCCGUUUUUGUUUCGCGAUGAUACAAAAUUCCUGCCUAAGUUUAAUAUAGGUGCUUUUAACUGUAAAUAUUUGUCUUUUGUUUUCGUAGUUCAUAACUAAUGGAAGGACCUACCAGUCUGUAGUGUUGUGUUGAUUUUAGUUUGUGUUUGGGAAAGUUUUUUUUUAACUGCUGCUUGGACGUCAGAACGUUGGUCGAUAGUUGGUUAAAGUUGUUCUGGAAUAGUUUUCGGAGACGCUUUCCAAAUUUAGUUUUCAAAGCCACGUUUUGUUGGCAAGUUACGCUGCUGCAUUCAGCUCCAAUUAUUAUGAUGAUAACAUAAAGCAUACAGCAACUCUCUUAAUCUUGUGUCCCUCACGAAGUUGUGUGAAGUAUAGAAAUUUGUGUACAAUAUCACUUAGCUGCGCGCGGAGAGGUAUUUGGGGUGGUUAGUGGCAAUAUUUGGCCACAUCUCACAAGCCAUGCUGAUCAUGGAGCAGCAGCAAUAAUGGCGCUGUAGCGAACCAAAAGGUGCUAACUCGAGCUAUUAGGCAUCGGGACCGCACACACAAACUGGAAUCGUUUCUAGGCUCGAUGGAGCGCGAUCAAUGUAAGGUCGUGAUCGAUUUCUCUGUAAAGCGAUGUGUCUCCACGAUAUCGAUUCGCUGUUUCGAAAAGGGUGAUAAUUGAUUUAUCCCCGAGGUAUGUCGAGCAAGUGGCGAUCGGUAACAACGGCCGUAAAGCGAAGGCACUUGGCGACCGAGUCUAGCUGAGCUCUGCCUGCGACGGUGACAAAUAUUUGUCUAGUCUACGCGCGGAGAUCGUUUUUUUCCGUGUCAUUCAGGGAACUUCCUCACCGGUCUGACCUCGCGCGUCUCUCAUUCCAGUCUACUCUUCUAAUUUACAGUCAGUUAUCUUGGCCCGUCCCAGAUCACUGCAGCUGCUUAUUCAAAGUUGGGAAAUCCUUCACCAUUCAACUGAUAAGAGUUGUUUAACCUACCCGAAAAAAAAACUUAUCUUGUCACAUUGUGCCAUCGUACAUCUCAAUUGUGUGGCAUCUGUUUUGUAAUUAAAUUAACUUCAGAAAGACCAAUCCAAUCAAUUCAAUCAUCUUCCGAAGCGGCGACAUCUUUAUAAGCGAAACGAGUUGGAACGCAAAACAUCGAGGCCGGACACCAAGUGGGUGUGAUAUUGUUUAUCAGCGCUGAGCGACGUAUUUCAUUCAUAUGAUUUGGAUGACGUGUUGUUGUCGUUAUCAAGUUCGGCGGAGCGGAGUACCUUUAGUUUCAGGUGCUUCCACGCGGUUUCGGGCGCUGUUUGUGUAACGAAUCGUGACGGGAUUAGACACUAGACUCUUCACAUUCUUUUGGACAAACUUUGAACGCGACACAUCUUGCGGUUUAGUUUUGUGUGCUCCCACUCCGUUUUAUCUUAUCGUUAAAACGUGGCUUAAGAAUAUAAGCAUGUUUAAGGUAUAGCGCAAAAUUAAUCGGUAUUUCCUAAAGGGAAUUAGGAAAGCUUCCGAGCGAUGAACCGCGGUCAGUUGACAGCCGGCGCCGGCUUAGCGUUAGUCCGCGGACAAACGGACGUGAAACAAAUUUCAUAUUUAAUUUUUUAAACAUUCAACAUAGAGACAUUUCAAAACUCCAAAACAAAAUUUGCAACAUAACGAUGCUUAGAACAAGAGAGCACAGAGUCAUCGAUAAGCAGUUAUUGUUAACGUUCGUUAUGGCGAUUUUGACAUAAGCGGUUUGAAAUUUAUUCAAUUUCCACCGUUGUGACGUUUUUAAGCUAUCUGAAAAUCAAGAUUUUUCAAAGGUCCAAUAAACAAAACUUUAGUUUUUUUUGCUUAUUGGGUGGUUUUGAAUAUCCCUGAGCUAGAAUCUUUAAUUUUUUACAAUUUUUCGGUAAUUUGUCAAACACACUGUUUUAAUUUUUUUGACAAGCUGCCAAUGAUUUUCUUCACACUUCAGUAACUGUUUUUAUUGACCGAUGCACGAAGUGAUUUGUUUUCCUAUCUCCGACUCCUUCAGCAAACCUCAAUUGGGUCCUGAAAUUAAACUUAGUUUUGUGAUAUUAUUGUUUACAACGAUAAAGCUUAUUUUUCUGAGUUUAAAAACCCUUUGAACGACCGCAAAGGAUUUAAAAUGGAUUUUUAAAUCAAUUUUUAAAAUAAACUUCGCGGCCCUUCUUGACAGAAAAGGUCCUUCUUGACAGCUCGUUCCAAGGGGACCAUAGUUGAUCCAUCGAAAAAAUGUUGUCUUGUCAAAAUUUUUGGUAUUGGCCGAAGGCACGAAGUGAUUUGUUUACCUUUUUUUGGUACCCUUCGCAAACGUCAAACCAUACAACGUAUUGAUUGGACGUUUGCUGAGGGUGCCGAAAAGUUUGGCUAUGUUCUGCUUGCAAAAUGCAAUCAGACAAUGGCUUUGUUUACUUACGCGUUAGGAUGGUUGACCUUCCACUCUACUUUGCAACUUGACUACACACAUUUUGCUUUAAAUUUUCAAUAAUUCUCAAAAACAUGUUGAAUCUGCGUCAAUCACUCGAUCCGAAAUAUCAAAAGUAAACAAAGGCUGCGAAUCGAAAAUGAGCGAUGACGUUUUGAGUUUUGACAGCCUCGAUCGGAUAAACUACCCCAAUAUCGACUUCCCACACGGGUGAAGCGGAAAUUGUUGCACGUGUUAAUUGCAUUUAAUUUGACUUAAUUUUGAUUUUUAUACAAAUAGCAAAAUUUUAAUAGCAGAAAUGGUUGAAAUAUUAAAAUAUACAAUGGGAUUCCGGAUAUUCUUGCUAAAAAGCGCAAAGAUAAUGAAAAAAAAAUGUAAUGUCGUGCUAGCAAAAGCGAAUCCCAAGUAAUCCCUAAUUGCAAGAACCUUUUCCAGCAACUGGCUUAAAUGUCAACCUGUGCAAAUACAUCACCCUUAUUGAUGAACACCGCCCGACCGACCGUCGAAAUACUAAACGAUGCGCUAGAAUUGCAAAUUUUCCUACCGCGCGCAUUUUAAUCACUUCAUCGGCGCUAAGCAGAGUGUCACGUUUUUUUUCUCUGUAUCUCAAUAUUUCUCGGUAGUAAAUUAGUUGGUCACAUAAUUGAGACGGCCAGCAGCUUUGCUGGAAGAAUCGAAUCGCCUAAUGCGUCAAACACAUAGGCAAACAUUGGCAAAAUAUCACCGUCAUAACUGUUAAUUGCCUGCAAAUUGUAACAAUUGAUUAUAGAGGGCUAAUCGGUCGAUUGGCGUUUUAUUGGGACCUUGGCCAGACAAACGACAACCGGCGCGUAUCACGCUGAGGGGGAGAUGUUCAGUUUAUCUGUUUCGUUGACGGAUAGGCGUGGUCAGAUAGAGUCCGCGACUGUUUUUCGAAAUUAUACGUUCAGCCAUAACUCAUAAAUUACUCAUCCAGUGAUACAGUUCGGUAUGGUAGGGAAAGAGUACCUACUCAACUGAUGUUUGUACUUGAAACAAAACAAAAAUAAAGUGUUUUUACCUCCCGCUACCUUCACCGUUCACGGUUGUUCAAGUGUACAAUACACAUUAAAUAUAGAUUACACAAAUGCCGGAGAGUCAUUUUGAGUUUGUUGAUAAUGGUGGGUGGCACACAAACACACCGAUCGACCGGCAGCAGCAAAAAUGAUUUGGACAAUUUGCUAGCUUUUGCACUAUACUGUCACUCGGUAUGCUGAAUAGGGUGGCUCAAUUAUUUUCAGCUCCAGUCCAUCAAAACGAACCAACCAGCGCUAGCGGAAGUUCUGCUGAAUGGGCUCUACAACUGCUUUCAGGCAGGCACUUAGUGACGCCACAGACAACAGAUGCUGCAAGGUUGAGUUUUGACAGAUUUCCUCUGCGACGGCAGCGCCACGAGUGGCUUGUCACUUAGUACGUUUAUUUGAAAUAAGUCUUUUAAUUUUUAUUUAGAUUUCUAAUCAGGAAUGAGUUAAAGGAUUGGGUAAACUUAACUUAGAACUCUUGUAAAUAAAACGAAAAAAAAAAUCUUCAACCCAUUUUUGAGUAGAUUCGUUUUUGACGAAACCAGAUUUAACUCAGAACUCAGAAAUUAUUUAUUGGAGGUGAGUGUGUAGAUAAAGCCGUUGAGUGUUUUCACACAAUAAAGUUCUGGCCGACACGUCUGAUGUCUGUGGCGACACACCGCGAUAUCUGGGACUCUGUAGCUGUAUGAUAUUUACAAUUUUUUUGUCGCUGAUCGGCUAAUUUACUAUCAUUUCCACGACAAAACAACAACCGCUACGACGAUUCACGUGUGCGCAUGGAAAUCGCGUUCCGAGCCCGGACUUCGAAGCUGGAAUCGCGGGAGAUGAUUGAUUUAUCGGGAAAAUGCCACAGCAGGCAGAUUCUAGACAUUCAUUAGAAAAAAAAGGUGCAUUAUACAAUCACGAUAGUUAUGUUUCAUUAUCGAUGAGAAAUGAGCGACAUGCGAGUCAUGCGAGCACGCGGAAAAUUCAAACCGUUGGACAGCUGGAGGUCGUCGCUGAUGAUGCAUUGUGAGCAAUCAAGGCUUUCGUCACGAUCUGACAUUCAAUCCAGCAGGAUUGUUCUUACACAUUUGAAAACUAUUCCAAACACACAUCUCUGGCUGGUUGGCGCCAGCAAAUAUGCGAAGCCAAUUAAGCAGACUCAAUCUUGGAUUCUUCAAGAAAAUUGAACGAAAUCCGGUGCUGUACACGGAGAAAAACCAGUUUCCAAAAUCGUUAACAAGCUUUCAUAAAACUCGGCACCAUGAAAAAAAGGGCAUGGUUCCGUAAUUUAUGAACUUUUUUUCACUAUUUCGGAAAUUGAUUUUUCCCCGUGUAGCAGGAUAGGGAGAGAGAGAGAGAGGUUAAUCAAUCAAAAAGCAUAACGAGUUCGAAACAGAAGACAAUGAUGGCUCCUAUCUGUUAGAUAAAUUAGUGAAAACUGAGCCUAGAACGUAGUCACUCAGAUUCAAUUGCAAAUUAUGUUUCGAAAGGCCAUUUGAUCAAGCGAGAGAAAACUAGUUAAAUAAUUUUGAUAAAACAUUUGUUGAUUUCAGUGUUGUAGUAACAAUAAACGAAAGUCAUACACAGCCAUGCUCAGAUUGUUAUUGUUUUAUUUUUGCGUUAAAUCUUUUCUUUUUGUUUAAAACGAUUAAAUGUUUUCCGUUACCGUUAGCAAACAUCGUGUUGUUGAAAAUAUACUAUACAUGAAAAUGCGAUACAUAGACUAAGAAUCAAACAAAUACAACAGAAAAGAUUUUAGUAAAGACUAAAGAGAAGAAUACCUAAAUAUAUAUAUAUGCGGAUAAAUGCAAUAAUAGUGUUAUUAUUUUAUUGAAUCAUUAACUACUAAACGUAAGUAUUUUACUGAUAUAUUAUUAUAUAUAAAGUAUUGGUCUAUGUACAAAAGUUGUGAGGACAGAACAGAUGGAGUGCGAGUUACUAUUGCAAUAAUAUUUAGUAAGAUUUGUUGCUAGCAGGAUGAAAAUCAUACAAAUCAAAGAAACGAGUGAAGUGAAUAAUAUACUUAAAAAGAAAAGCAAAAGAUACUAAAACAAACUUUUACUAAGCAUAUUACUAACAAAAAAAAUCUAAAAUAACGAAAUCAGAUACAAUAAUUAAAUUAUAGUUAUCAUUGAACUUUUCAAGGAGUUAAUAAAUUAUUGCUAUUACAUUAAAUAUACUUAAUAAAAAAAAGCUAAGCAACCAGAAAACGUAUCAAUAUUUAUCAUAUGAUCGACACAUAAACAUAUUGAUGCAAAAAGUUUACAAACGCAAAAUCAUAUACACAGAAA